AAUCUCUCAAUUAUAAAUGCGAUGAACACUCAGAAGUCAGAACAAAAGAAACAGCAAAGGAAAAGAGAGAUCAAACCAUGAGUACGGAGGGUAUAAUCCAUCGGAGAAUUAGUACAAAUGGUAUAUGGAUGCACGUAGCUGAGCUGGGAAAAGGACCUCUUGUUCUCCUCAUUCAUGGCUUCCCUGAGCUAUGGUCUUCAUGGAAUUACCAGAUAACCCACUUGGCCAAGCAUGGCUACCUCGUCGUCGCGCCCGAUAUGCGAGGCUACGGAGACUCUGAUUCUCCCCCUGAUCCAGCUUCAUACACCAUACUCCACCUUGUUGGAGACCUAAUUGGCCUUUUGGACCAGCUCGGAGAAGAAAAGGCAUUUGUAGUGGGGCAUGACUGGGGUGCAGAAGUGGCCUGGCACCUUUGCCUCUUGAGGCCAGAUAGGGUCAAGGCACUGGUUAACCUCGGCGUUCCCUUCAGGCCACGCUCACCGGAGCUCAAACCACUCAAAUUCAUGAACCAAGUAUUUGGUGACAGUCUCUACAUAAUUCAGUUUCAGGAGCCAGGAAGAGCAGAAAAGUCAUUUUCUAGGUAUGAUUGUUUGACGAUAUUGAAGAAGUUUUUACUGGUGAAUGCGCCUGAUCUUCUGGCUGCUCCUCCUGGUGUUGAGAUCAUUGAUUUUCUCGACACCCCAUCAGAAUUGCCUCCAUGGAUCACUGAGGAGGAGCUUCAGUUUAGUGCCAGCAAGUUUCAGCAGUCUGGAUUUACUGGGGGUUUGAACUACUACCGUGCCAUGGACAUGAGUUGGGAGCUUCUAGGGGCAUGGCAGGGAGUGAAAAUUACUACACCAACGAAAUAUAUAGUUGGGGACAAGGACCUGGGAUUUGAAGCAUUUGGGACACGGGAAUAUAUAAAGGGAGAAGCAUUCAAGGGACUGGUGCCUAACAUGGAGGUGGUUGUGAUUGAUGGCCAUCAUUACAUCCAAAUUGAGAAAGCUGAACGAGUUACUAGUGAAAUUCUAUCCUUCUUUGGUGAAUGCUGAUCCAUCACUGUUUUGGAAACCUUAAAUUAACUAUUCAUACAUUAUCUCUCUUCUGUCACUCUUCAAUGUUUUUUUUUUUAACAAAUUUCAAUGGCAGCUUUCUUUGUCUUUCCUGUCGAUUCAUGUU